AUGAAGGAGCUCCGCGAGAUCACCGCCAACCACCCAUGGAACCUGAUGACGACGUCGGCGGACGAGGGCCAGUUCCUCAACAUGCUGCUCAAGCUCAUCGGCGCCAAGAAGACCAUGGAGAUCGGCGUCUACACCGGCUACUCCCUCCUCGCCACCGCGCUCGCCAUCCCCGACGACGGCACCGUAAGCUCCCUCACUUCUCCGCUCCCAGAUCCACCGCUCCCAAUUCACCAAGAAACUGAAACCGGAAUGAAACAGAUCUUGGCCAUGGACAUCAACCGCGAGAACUACGAGCUGGGGCUGCCGUGCAUCGAGAAGGCCGGCGUGGCGCACAAGAUCGACUUCCGCGAGGGCCCGGCGCUGCCGGUGCUGGACGCGCUGCUGGAGGACGAGGCCAACCACGGCACCUUCGACUUCGUCUUCGUGGACGCCGACAAGGACAACUACCUCAACUACCACGAGCGCCUCAUGAAGCUCGUCAAGCUCGGCGGCCUCCUCGGCUACGACAACACGCUCUGGAACGGCUCCGUCGUGCUCCCCGCCGACGCCCCCAUGCGCAAGUACAUCCGCUACUACCGCGACUUCGUCCUCGACCUCAACAAGGCCCUCGCCGCCGACCAGCGCGUCGAGAUCUGCCAGCUCCCCGUCGGCGACGGCAUCACCCUCUGCCGCCGCGCCAAGUGA